AUGGGUUCAAAUCUUCCAUAUGCGGCGGAUGCUGAAAGUCCGCUAAAACCUGCAGAGCUGCAAGUCCUCCGAGCCCAGUACGAGAAAGAAGGAGAAUAUGUUGGCGUACAAACAAAAUUCAAUUAUGCUUGGGGCCUCAUAAAAUCCAACGUCCGCCACGAACAACAAGAAGGCGUCCGCCUCCUCUCCGAAAUCUUUAAAACCGCCCGCGAACGACGUCGCGAAUGUCUUUACUACCUCGCACUGGGCAACUACAAGCUAGGGAACUACGGCGAGGCGCGCAGAUAUAACGAUCUCCUACUCGACCACGAGCCUGGGAAUUUGCAGGCUGCUAGUUUAAGGACUUUGAUAGACGAUAAGGUUGCGAAGGAGGGGUUGGUUGGGGUUGCGAUCUUGGGUGGUGUGGCGCUUGCUGCUGGUGUGGUGGGGGGAUUAAUUAUGAAGGGGGCGAAGAGGCGGUGA